CUUUUCAAUACCUACACACAUAUCCGACCAGUAACAUGACGAAAUGACGACGAACUAGGGUAGCCCUUCCACCCUCCCUACCUUCCCCUACAUGAUCAGCUAAUUCAAAUCAAUCCCCCCUUACCGAGUUAUCUUGAUUCGUUCCUUUCCCUCCCGAUCCGGUGAAGCCGAGAGAAGAGAUUUGAUCAUUCCUUACUAGCAGCAGCCUGUCAGUCUACAGCAUACAGAAGACAGCCUACAGCCUACUACAGCCACAGCCUAUCUCAGGUAUUUCACAGGUAUUUCAGGUACCUAUAUCAAGUAUCCUACAGGGCUACAUAUCGAGUACCUAGUCGGCCCUGCCAGCCCUGGAUGCUGUGGACUGCAGGCUGUGCGUGGGCUGUCAUCAUUCCCAAACCGGUCUCAAAGCAUGACUGCAUGCUGUUAUCAGUAAGACUACUACUAGUGACAGACGGCAGGUAGCAUGUUCUUUUCUGCCGUUUAGGUGAAUGCGGCUUUAAUUAUAUUAUGGCGUCCCUGAUCAAUAAGGCACGGAAGCCGAAAUUCGAGCUUCACCUCACCAUCUAUGAUUUGAACAACGUGCCUCUCGUGGCCGGCACAUCCACGAUAAAAUGGCACAUGCCAAAUUCCAUGCACAGCGAGCACCGCGGCCGCACCGCGAAAUGUUCCAUCGAUAAAAUUAACCACCGCGUCCUCUACAACUACUCCAAGAUAGUGCCUCUGCGCAUAUCCAUCGAUCGCGCCAAUAAUCUAACCGAUUACCCUAUCGAGUUCGAGGUACUGCAAGAAUUCCCCCUAGCCACCGGCGGUCGCGAUGAGAAGAUCCCCCUCGGUUACGUUCGACUCAACCUAAGCGAGUAUGUUGAAGAGAGCGAGAACAUCCCCCGCCGUGGCAUGGCGCGCAACAGCGCUAGUCUCGACUAUGCGCGAGCCGGGCAGGGUCUAUCGCAUCGGAGGCAGAGUAGUAGCAAAUCCGCCAGCGGCGCUCCCGUCCUAGGCGGUUCAAGCCCGCCUGGCGCCCCUCACCCUGAGGAAAUCGACGUCGUAGACGAUGAGGCGGAGGAGGGCAUCGUGCGGCGAUACCUGAUGCAGGACAGCAAAAUCAAUAGCACACUCAAGAUCGGAAUCCUCAUGGUUCAGAUCGACGGUGAACGAAACUACAUCGCUCCUGCGCUCAAGACGGCGCCUAUGUUCGGUGGUAUCGCCGGCAUCAUGACGGGCACCGGCAAUGACCAACAAAUCCAAGUCGAAGCCCCGUCCGAGGAUGGCUCCCCUACCUCUAGCAACAGAAACAACAACCCCCCCGGCCCUACUAGCCUCAGUAAAUCUCGCGACGCCUCCGAGCUUCAGGACAUGUACCGCCGCGCGCUAGCCGCCAGCUGGGCCUGCCAGCCCGGUGAACUGCCCGCGGAUGAGUGCAUCGAGGAUAUUUUUUCGGGCGGCGACGGCUGGAGCGAUACGACGCGACCCGGCGCCAAGCCGCCUAGUCGGAGGAGGAGCAGCCGCCAGUCUGUGGAUAGUAGCCACAGCAACACGAACAGCAACAGCGGCAGCGCUAGUGGCGACGAUAACCCCGCCGGCCUCGGCGGCAGCACCUUGCGACCGAGCGACAUCCGACGCAUGCGCCCGCCAGGCCACGCCCGAACGUACAGCGGCGGGAGCUCGCACACGGUGAUGGGAUCUACCACCACCCACCUCGGCGGCGGUGGCGGGCGAGGUCGUCGGGGUAGCGGUAGGCUGUUUAAGGACGAGAUGGCGCAUACCCAUGACGGGACCCAUGAUACCCCGCACAUUGAUAUCGGUGGUAGUAACUCGGGAAGCCUGCGCGGCCGUAGCGAGAGUCUAGCGAGCUUAACACCGACACUCGGGAGCGAUCGUGGACGCGAGGGCUUCCGUCGCCCGAAGGAGGUGGAUGAGUAUGAGGAGAGGGAGGAUUUGGUUGCUUGGGCUCUGCCGGGGAGAGUUGCGUAAUGAAGCUCCAGAGGUAGGGGUGGAUGUCGUGGUACGUUACGAAGAUUUACUUGCGUACGGCAUAUAUCCAGCAAGCAAGCGUACCUAUUUUACUCUUGCGCAACAUAACACGGUACGGGGCAUUCGUACAUCCAUUCAUAUGUUCAUGCGUAUAUUUACUGCUAGGUUCAUCGGCGUUAUAACUCCCCUAUGUAUAGCUUCAGCUUUAGCUUUCACAAGUACUUCACUUAAGCUUUUUUAGAUAGAAAUGACUGGGGCAAGGGAUCCUAGAAGGAAUUACAUACACACUAUAGAAAGCGGAGCGCAGCGGGAGUACCUAGUAGGAAUGGGAUGGCAUGCGUCUUUUUUGUCAUAUGACGGUACCACAUCGAGCGAAGGAUUACAUAAAAUAUAUAGCGCGUCCUAGGAUGGGCGAAAAAAUUGCGAAUUACAUAAUUAUAACUGUCCAUGGACGGUAGAUCAAUCAUAUGGAUCAUAUCAACAAC